UUGAAGAAAAAACAUAACUUUGAAUCCUUUGGAUGGUAGUUAUGAAGGUUCAAGGUCUCCUUUUCGUUCUAUACUGGUUCUUCUUCUGUGGGAGUGGGUCAAAAGAUUCAAAACGUAGAAAGAUCAAGUUCACAGAACCGUGCUUCGCUGAAGAACAAUUUCUUCACUUGUGUACGGAUCCCACAGAAUCUUGUCACGAGGAACGUGCAGACGAAAUCAAAUUGUUGCGUUUGGACGGGGUGAAGACAGGUCAUGAGAGAUGGGUGGAAUUAACGGAAGGGAUCAAAUACAAAAUGAUCACAAGAGCCAUGAAGCCCUUGCUUUUUGAGAUUCCCCGUUUCUUGUCGGAUGAAGAAUGUGAACAUAUCAUUUCACUGGCAAAGGAAAGCGGUCUUGUCAUGAGUAUAGCUGGCUUUGAUGUUGCUGCUUACGAGGGAGACUUAGAUGAAGAUAUGAGAGAAGCCGAUGCAAACUGGACACUUGAUCAUGAUGAACGAUUUGCCAAAGCAUUCAAUUUAUGGGAUGUCAAUAAUGAUGGAUUCAUCGACGCAAACGAGGUGAGGCAUUUCGCCCAAAAACGAAAACUUCUGUUCAUGAGAGAGGAUGAAGUUCCAACAAUGUUUAAACGCAUAGGAUUGUCAGAGAGUCUAAAAGAUGGUAAAAUGAGUCGUGCAGCGUUUGCAAAAACGAACAUAAAGAAACUCUUAUGGUACAUGGAUUUCUUGAAAGAAAAAAGUCCUCGCCAUAGACCUCGAUACAGCCAGCAGGCCUGGCUACGACAAGACAGGAACGCCGAUCCAAUCCUCAGGCGCCUGCUCGCAAGAAUUCAGAAGUUAACUCAGUUGCCUCGAAAAGUGAUUCAAGCAGGCGAGUGGAUGCAGGUUGUUCAGUACGAUCCGUUUGGUCAUUAUCAUGGUCACCUGGAUUCCAACCCUUCUCAAGACUUUUCAAUUCCUUGCUGUCAUCAGAAUCACUUUGGAUAUCACGAUUGCCGAAUAUGCAGAUUCAUCACCAUUCUCUAUUACCUUAAUGAUGUGGAGGAAGGAGGGGAAACAGCUUUCCUGCUAGCAGACAAUUCCACAGUAACACCACAGGACCUGGAGAGUGACAACGCUACCACGGACGAAUUCAACUUGAGUGUCAACUGUCACAUGGCCAAUCUUGUUAUCCCUCCCAAGAAAGGUACCGCCAUCAUGUGGUACAACAAUUUUAUUGACCCGGAGAGCGGUAUGUUAGGACCUGUGGAUCGUUAUUCACUGCAUGGCGGGUGUGACGUCAUCAAAGGAGAGAAAUGGAUCGCUAACAACUGGCUAACAGCGCCGAACAAGAACUCAAAACACAUAAGGAGUAUCUAUGAUGCAGAAUUUUAGGAUUAGACUGACCUGGGCAUGUAAUAGUCUGGCUGUCUGUCACUAAGGGUCUGAAAUAGCUUAAUAGGAUAUCUCCUUUGAAAUCUCGCUUGACCAGCAAAACUGACGAAUUCUAAGCGGUUCUUAAAAAAGCAACUUUUCCUUCAAUUGACAAUGCAUCUUUGGAUGAAAAAGUGAAGAAUAGAAGUUUGUGAAAGACAUGUCUAG